AGUAAAUAUUGAUGUUUUUGCAUCUAUGUAACUCGAAAAUGUAAGAUGUAUACUUUGUUAAACUAGCUUAGAGUAUAUUUGCAUAGGUACUUCAAAAAAUUUAAUAGUCUAAAAUUAUAACAAAAAUUGAUCCUAAUUACUUCACUGUGAAGUGUGUUUAACAGCUACUUCAAGAAAAAUAUUUCCAGAUCAUCAGUUACUGAAAUAGUUUGUAUUUGUAUAUUUGCACCUUUCAACGUACAGAUCAAAGAAAAGAACAAAACCAAAAUGUUUAAAUCAUGACAAAGGCCCAACAGACCCUAAUAUGCCCAAGAAGAAUAUGAUAGCAAAGAUAUGUCCAACCUGCAAACAACAGGUACCUGUGGCAUGUAAGUCUUGUCCCUGUGGCCAUUUUUUCUACAAUGCUAGACGCAUAGCUAGAGAGUUUGCCAUAGAGGCAGACUAUAGGAGGAGAACUGCUAGAGUUCGGAGAGAAAAACCUAAUUAUUAUGAUGCCCUUGAAUAUGAAAAGCAUAUCAAAAAGAUGAAACAACGUUUAAGUGAAUGUGAUAAUGAUGAAGAAGAAGAUAACAGAAAGGAUAAUUGUAAGAGUAAGAAGAAAAAAAUGAAAAAGGAAGAUGAAGAAGAAGAUGAAGUACUGACCAAAAUCACACCUGAAUUACAAAAACAUUGUCAGUUUAUUCUGGAACAACUCAAUUUUAAGCUACAAAUGGUUACUUGGAAGCCUACAUGACUUUGUUUUUGAUAGCCAGUGAGUUGUUAAAUCCAAAACACUUCCGUAUCUGGUUUAUUAUAAACACAAUUGAUUGUCAAACUUAAUGAUGUUUAUUAUGUACAAAAAAUUGAAUAUGUUUUUUGAAUAUAUGAUUUUGAAGUC